AUGUUACUGACGCCUGAAAAGGUGGCAGACAUGGCCCUGAAUCCCUUUCGGAAAACAAUUCCCUCCGACAGUGUAACUGGGGAUCUUGUGGAGAAAGUGCAUAACAACAACAGGAUCAACACUUCGGAGGCCAUUGCUAAGGUGGAGUCCACGGUGCUGAACGUUUUCCAGGGCAUGACCGCCUUCUAUCCUCACCAAGGAGCUGGCGGUCCUCCUUGGUGUCCGUCCUCCCCCAUGUCCGCCUCCCUCCCUGCCACCAUCGCCCUUGCCCAGAAGGUGAAGAUUCUCCCCUUGCGGAGCAUCCCAGGGACAUGGACCUGCGUGCUUCUCUUUGGCUUCGCCCUCCAGAACGCCAUGUGCCUGAGCGGGGAGAAUCCUCCGGACUGUGGGAACCAGAUGCCUUGUGCAGAAGAGCCGGACCCACCGGGGUGCCCAGAGGGCGGACUCUGUCCUGAUUCUCCACCUGCCCCCUGUCCCCCUGGAACGUUCUUUUCUGGAGCGAGUCCCCACAAUGCCUCCUUCUGCCACCUCUGCCCUCGGGGAUUCUUCAACCCCUGGCCUGGCCAGGAUGCCUGCUUCCCCUGUGGCUCAGAGGCCACCCAGCCGGAGGAGGGCAAGGACACGUGUGCAUGCCUGGGGUCUGGCCGAGUGUUCCAGCCCAGCGACGGGCAGUGCCCCUGCCUCCCGGGCUACCACGAUGUUGGAGAGCCAAGAGGCUGUGUCCAGGGGGGGUACAAGACCUGCAAGCCUGGGGCCGCCCGGAACCAGGAGGGGCUCUGUCUGACCAAGGAUCAGUGGAACGACCACUGUGCCCAUGAGGUUUGUGCCGCUCCAGAGGAUGCACGUGGCUAUGACCCAGGCCUGGGGCUCUGUCUGUGCUGGGGACCUCACUCAAGUGAGAUGUGCAGUCCCCUGUGCCCCAAGAGACAGAGACAGGUCCUGCAGCUCAGCUGCCCCGAGGGCAACCCACAGAUUUCCAUCACUGAAGACACGGGAAGCCAGGUGUUUUUCCUUCCAGACGGGCCUUCCUCACCCCGUGCUGUGGGCCACCCCUGCCACUUGGACCAAAGGCAGAAUCCUGUCCCUCUGUACGUGGUCAGGGUGGACGGGAUCGGCUUCCUGGGCCUGACCAGACCUGGUGUGGAACUACUGCACUCUCUCAGCCUGCCCCUCGGGGACCUGGGGCUCCCGGGCCAGGAGGCAGGAAAGGGAAGGAAUGCACACCUGAGCUCUCCUUCAUCCCUAAGCCUCAACUCCUCGCACCCUGGGAAUCUGUCAUCCCCAGAGGCGGGCAUCCGAAACCCCACAGUCUGCCUCCAAACCAUGGACACACUGGCCUUCCUGGUGACCCGUGAGCAUUACCCUGAGUACGACCUGAGCCACUUCUACAACACGCCGGGGCAAUUUGACUGGGGGCGCUUUCGGGCCCUGGCUGAGGAGUCCCAGCUCCAAGAUCAAAGCCCCCACCUCUUUCUGCAGCAGUUCCAGGAGCCUGGGGUCUAUGUCUUUCGUCUGAACAGCAACUGGCAUCGGAAGAUGUACAUCCGCACCCUCCCACCAGGUGGCCAGUGCUUUGGGGAAGGGCCCUUUGUCCCCACAACUCCCAGGUACCUCAUCCAAACCGGUAUUGCCAAGAUCCCCAGGCCACUGAAGAGGCCCAACUGGCCAGCAGUCCUGGGGGAGAUUGUCCUGCUCCUGGGACUCUGCCUGCUUCUGUUGAUUCAGUGUCACGGCCUGAGCUGGGCCCGGAAGGCUGCUCCCCAGCCCACCUUCAGGAAGCAUCAGCAGGGCUACAACCUGGAUGCCUACACUUCCCCAAGAACCAGGAUAACAUCAGUGAGGAGAGGCCAACCACACCAAGAUUCUGAUGACCCCAGGGUUGAGGGAGGUCACGGUGGGAGCUGGGAGGCCAAAGAGCAGGUGGAUCUGGAGGGGUUUGACACAGAAACCUUCUUCAAGAUCCUGCUCAGGCAGUGUCUGUCAGUGACGACCAAACUCAGCCAGACCAAGGCGGAGCUCAGACUCCUCUGCCUCAAACUGGGGAGCGAAGCGCGGCGUCUCCAGCAGCUGUGGGGUCCUGAGCGUCGCGCCGCAGCCUCCGAGGGCCAGCUUCUGGGGAGCCCCCAGAGAGAGCGACAACAGGAUGCAGAGGCAGCCGCCAGGGCCGCGGAGGAGGAGGCCAGGCGGAGGGGGCGCCUGGCAGGCGAGUACGCAGCAUGCCUCCGUCACCAACUGGUACUCCUUCGCCAAGACCUCCGUGCGAGGCAGGAGCAGUGGGGCUCCUUCUGCUCGGCGCUGAUGGCCGCUCGGCGGCUGCUGAAGGCACGUUCAGGCUCCAUGCCCGCGAAGUCCUCCCAGGCUGGGCAGAACCCAGAAGGGGAAGUGCCCCAGCUGGCCGCUCUUCUGGGCCGCCUGUCCCAGGUCGUGCUGCAGGAGGGCCACCGCUUGAAAGCCUGGGGCGUCCUGGGCACAGGUACUGGGGCGGAGCUGCUGCGGCCAGCCUCAGCAAGCCCUCCGGGAGGCGCCAAAAGCAUCAGCGUGCAUCCUGUCACCAAGUUAAUGGUCCCUGGCCCAGACUGUGUGAUGCUUCCAGCCAGUGGCCAGGCAGGGCCCAUACCACCAGGCUACUUCAUCCACCCUGACACGGGACGGGUGCUACCCGAGGCUGGAAAUCUGGGUUAUGAUGUGCAGGAAGCGACCCUGGUGCCCACAACUGACCGCAGUUCUGGUGGCGUCCGAACCUCAGAAGCUGCCAUCCUCCCCUACGUGCCCCACCCACCCUGUCUUGCCACAGGCUCCCUGCCAGCCAUCCGCCUGCCUGUCCUGCAGCUGAGACGGACGUCACAGUCAGGGGCUCUCAUGACGGACCCCAUAACGGGCAUCGAGGUGCCCGUGCUGGCUGUGACUCUGCACCCACAAACGAGGCAGUGGCUCACUCUUGGGGGGACGUACCGCAAUCCGCUUACCCAGACUCUGGCCCCUUUGGAGCUGGGGGGCCCCAUGGAGGAUCCGGUCACAGGAGGCAUCUCGCCGAUCCUGGGAGUCGGGUUGGAUGAAAACACAGGUCAGGUGCUUGCACUGGGAGGACUGCGAGAUGCCUCGGGGAACCUCCUGCUGCCUGGUGACAGCUUUGUGGAGCCACUGAGCAGGAAGCCAGUCCGGCUCCAGGGGGCUUCCCGACAGGAGGGCCGGACUGUGCCCCAUACAGGAGGGCCCCAGGACCUGCUGGACGCCAACGUGCUGGCAGCCCAGAGACGAGUGAUUGCAGUGCUCCGGAGCUUCCAGGAGAUGCCAGGGCCGAGGGGACAGGGGCUCCUGGAGGCUGCCAUCAAGGACAUGAGACAGGCGCUGGCCCUGAGCCUGCACCACCUCCUGCAGCAGGCCUGGCGGCUACAGAGACAGCAAAAAGCAGCGGAGAACCUGGAGGCCAGCGGCGGCAGGAUAGGGGCGAUGCGCUAUCUGGGGACAGCGCUGUGGGUCCCGGCCCUGUAUGGGAUGGAGAUCCUAGACCCUGCGGGCUCAGGGCUCAUGGUGCCCGUCCUGGGCAUGGAGAGUGACGGGGAUGCUGGCCAUGCCACACCUGUGGCAGGUUCGAUGGAAGAUGCAGAUGGAAAAGGUCUGGUCCCAAUUGCAAUUGGGGCACAAGCCAUAGACCCCUUGACUGGGGAACCUGGUCCCGUCAUUGGCGCUCAAACGGACCCUUUCACCGGGGUUGUGGUGCCCAUUGUCCAAGUGCUGGAGGCCUUACCCCGGGGAGUGAGAGACCCUGGUCUGCUGGACACCCUGGAGAAGGAGCUGAGAGCGCGGGAGCAGUACUGGAGCUGCCAGGAGCAGGAAGAGGUUCGGCUGGCGGAAGAGCUGGGCGCCGCAAGCCCGGGACUGCUCUCCACACCCGGCGAAAUCCCGGGGCUGCAGCUGAGGGCCGCUGAGGAGGCCUGCAGAGCCCUGGAGGCCCGCUGCCUGCAGGAGACCCAGAGGAGAGCCGGAGCCCUGAGCGGCCAGAGCAGCCAGAGAGAGCGGGACCUGCUCGCUCAAGCAGACAGAGAGGAGUGGGCGCAGGAGGCGCAGGUGGUGCUGAGCCUGCAGCAAGUCCUGCAGAGUUUAGGGCAGGCCGAGGAAAAGCUCAGGCAAGCGGUAGGCCGGCUGCGGGGCCAGGAGGCGGAGAUGCGGCUACAGUGCAGCAAGGGUCAGAGCCCACAGGUCUGGAGCCGCUCCAGGAAGGUGGUCCAGCAUCUCUCCAAUGAGCUUCAGGAGGUGGUGAGGGAGAGGCAGAGCACCCUGGAUAGGGCCCUUGGUCAGCUGCAGUACCAGCGGGAGCUGAGCCGCCUCCAACUCUUGCACAUCCAGAUUGUUGCCUCGGGGACCCCUGUGUGUUUGGAGAAUUACCCUGCAGACAGGUUUUAUGGAACCAUCACCACUUCUCCCAGGGACCAGGCUGCUGCCUGCCCCCUGUUGAUUCCUUUCCUGAAGAGCCUCACUGGAGCACUAAUGGGAGAUCAAGGCCACGGCCUAGGACUGGAGGAUGGGGGACCAGGAACAGAUGCAGAUAAAGUUGACAUCCCGUGGACCUCACCACUCUUCUCUGCCCUGAGGAAAGUAGACAUCAGGUCCCAAGCUCUCAGGGAUGAAGCUGAACUGCAAGGACAGGCGCAUCACAAGCCAGCCCUCAAAAGCUCUUUGCAAGAUCUCUCCAAACCUCAGAUAAUGCAGAAGGAAGAGCUGAUAACUGUGCCAUCCACAGACCUCUCUGCCAGGGAGUUCGUGGUUUACCAGCAUGGCCUCUCCAUCCUACGCCUCCUCACCCCCCAGCUUCAGGCUCCAGAAAUCACCCUGCAGAUUACUUCUCGUCUUCCUGCCAUGGAAGCCUCAGACAAUGCCUUCCAAGGUUCCUUCUUCUAUCAGAGAGCUGAAAACACACUGUUUGUUAGGAGAGAGUGUUUGGCAUCGGUGGGAAGUUUUGUUCUGCUGUUGAUCCACUGCCUGGCCCACGUUGCUGCCGAUGACCUCCACCAGGACUCCAACCCUGCCUUUCUGAGGUCAUUUUAUAAGGGGCUGCAGGCCUAUUUCAGGGAAGCAUUCUCUAUCACUCUACAAAUGUCGACAGUUUCCCAGGACAAUAAACUUGGCCAAAACAUAAGUGCUCUUCUGCUGGGAGAGCAGCCCGUCUCUGAAAGAGGAAGAGACCUUCUCUCUAAACUCAUCAUAAGAAAGCAUGAGUCCCACUUGGAGCCAGAGUCGUCGGAGGAGUAUAUUAAGAAAAACAAAGAUCUUCUCCUUUUUACCAACAUGGAACACUUCCUAAAAAGCAUCCUUGCUUCAGAGCAAAAACUCCCAAAAGAAACAAGAGAUCAGCUUGGGGAUGAAGAUAAGGUGAGAUGUUCGGAUGAGCUACAGCAUUGA